UUUAUGAAAAUUCAAUGAUGUUCUUGUUGUCAUGUUUUUUAUUUGUAGGCUGCAUGCUAUGAUGAGAGAAAAGAUAGGGAGGGAGCUGAUUCGGUGGAAUGCCACUAGAUUUGGCACUGUUUUCAUUUUUCUCCAGAGUUUUUGGGAUAGACAAGAUAAGUUCAAGCAAUGGAUGGUAUCUGAUGACUGGGAGAAAUGUGUGUGGGCUGGUAAGGCUGACCAUGAUUUCACAUAUGAUUGUUUGACCAGCAAAAAAUGGUGGAGUCAAAUGGAAGUGGUGUUAAAAGCUGUCUCCCCAAUCUAUUCUGUACUUCGUUUAGCUGAUCAGCAACAGAAGUUCUAUUCUAUAUCUGCAUUCAUUCCAAAAAUGAGGGAAUCUAUGGCAGAAAUACGUGGCAAUUUAAGUGAUAAUACCAUCCAAAAAAAUCUACUGAAUAGGGUGUUGGAAAAAGUCCAAGGAAGACUUGAUUAUCUUGUCAAUGAUACACUUAUGCUUGCAGCUGCCGCACUUGAUCCUAAAGCACUGUACACUUCCAAGCUUGCAAGGAAACCAAAGUCCAGACAUGCUGUCACAUUGGCCAUCAAGAAGCUUGCAGGCUCAUCUUCAAAGGCUUCUGCUGCAAUCGAUCAAUUUACUUUCUUCUCAAAACAGGGAGGGUUAUUUGGAGGAGCGGAGGCUCGAAAAUCGGCUCUUAAUGGCCGGUGUAGUGCAGCUGAUUGGUGGGAUCAAUAUGGUGGAGACUGUAGUGAACUACAAGAGGUUGCAAGACGUAUUGUCUCACAAUGCAUGUCCUCUAGUGGGUGUGAGCGAAAUUGGAGCACAUUUGCCUUGGUGCACACCAAAUUGAGGAACCGGUUAAGUUACGAUAAGCUUCACAAGUUGGUUUUUGUACAUUAUAAUUUGAAAUUGCGUAUCCAACAUUUCGUAACUGACAUGCAAAACCUUCAAGAAAUGCAAACCAACAAGGAGCAUGAAAGAGAUUCUGAUCCUUGUAGCAUCCUAAUAGAUGUGACUAUGUAUGAUGAAGGGAACCCGAUCAUGGAUUGGUUGUGCACCUCUAGGAGUGAGUCCGCGCCGACUCUAGAUGAACGUGAUGACCAGAGGCCCAAAUCCCCUAAUCCUAGCAGACUUGUUAUAGAUGAGUUAGGGAUGAGUGAUGAAGAGGUGGCUGCAUUUAAAAAGAAGAUUGGUGGGAAACGGGGUAAGAAAAGGAAGGAAGAAUUUGAAGAUAUUUUCUCUGAUUAUGAAUCAGAAUCGGAUCAGCAAGGUAGCCCUGUUUAUGCUGAGUCUGGGGAGAGUAGUUCUGAUGACAGUGAAGGCAAUGGUGAUGGUGAUGCUGUUCAUGCUUCCGGUGAUGCAAAUGAACUUGGAGAGGGAGGCUCGACAACUCAGGAAGGAGCUGGUAAGGAUAAGGGAAUCCCUCUCCGUCCGAGCUCGAAAAGGAUGAAGAAACGUUCUGUCAAGACCUUGUACUGAAGCUUGAAAGUCAGAUUCGAGGGUUCAUGCAAAAUGAAUUGCUAUUUGCCUGGGUUUGAGCUUGUCUUUUCGUGUGCUUCUAAUAUUUAGGACCAUGGACUAUUCUAUGUAGUAAUUGUUAGUACUUGAAAUUGGAACUAUGGAUGGAGACUGUAAUAUUUGGGAUUGAGCAUCUUCAUGUGCAAUAUUUGAAACUCCAUGUUGAACAGACUA